UUCUCCUAAUUUCAUAUAGAAGCGAUGCACUUCUGCCGCAGCUGAGGAAAAUAUUGUGGUUAAGUUAAAAGAGAUUCUUCGAACAGCAGUUGGAGGAGAUCUGAACGCAGCAGUGAAUAGUUUUGAACAGUUUAGAGAAACUAACGACGUACCUGACUGGGGAGUGGUGAAGAUGUCAAGUAUCUUGUUAGCCCAUGGUCAAGAGAAGCAGUCGGAAAAUCUUUUGCGACAACACUAUCUCGACUAUGGAGGGGAACAUCGCCUAGGUCCGUAG